ACCACCUUUUUCGAAUCUCAACAUUACGGACACUAUCAUUCGCACCUUAUCGAUUCCACCACGAUAUUACUGCAUAUCACGAAAUUAUGUCUAUUUCUAUGCUAUUAUUCUGCUACGGCUGCGGAUCAACAGACGUCACCUUGGCACCCCGCGCUGUAUGUGAGUGUGGUGCAUUCUGGUGCCUGCAAAGAUGCCUAGAAGUGGUACGUGGCUUCGAAUAUUUUCCUACGAAUGAAGAACCGAAAAUCGUGAGUCCAGUACUACCAAAAGCAUAUCAUCGACGCCCCACUUGUAGCACACGGGUUUCUCGAUUAUUAUCCAAACCUCGACCGGGAAAUAGUAUAUCACGAUCCAUGGAACGACGGUAUUCGAGGACUCAUAUUUCCCCAAGACCGCACUGCUCCUAUAGAAGUUCCUUUCACGUUCCUAUCCUUACAGGAGACCAACGGCAAGAUACUGGACUGUAUACCGCAGCUGGACCAAUUCAUUCCUCGGGAUAAGCUCGCCUGUCGAAGAGUUGGUGCACGAGGGGACGACCCGCCUUUUGAGCUUUGGUGCCACAAGAACCAAAUGCAGAUGGGGCUGGAGGAUCCCAAUUCUAUGAAUCGCAUGAUUGUCAGCCUUACCGGUUGCCAAGAGCUACCGCAAUUAUGGUACGGCCCAGUCAUCGCUUUAAUAGUCCUCAGAGAUGCAUA